AUGGCUGAUAAUAAAUUAUACGAAAUAUUAGGUGUUUCAAGAAGUGCAAGUGACUCAGAAAUCAAAAGAAAUUACCACAAACUUGCUAAAGAAUUUCAUCCCGACAAGAACCCAGCAGCUGGAGAUAGAUUUAAGGAAAUAAGCUACGCUUACGAAGUUUUGUCAGAUCCUAAAAAACGCCAAACUUACGAUAAAUAUGGUUUAAAAGGGUUACAAGAGGGUGGCCAAGGUGGUGGCUUCCCCGGCGAAGACUUUUUUGGACAUAUUUUUGGGGACAUUUUUGGUAUGGGGGGAAGUGGGCGAGGUAGGGGUCGCGCGCGAGGAGAAGAUACUAUCCAUCCCCUGAAAGUGACUCUAGAGGACAUGUAUGUUGGUAAAACAACCAAAUUGCAACUUAGUAAAAAUGUUAUAUGUGGUCCAUGCAAAGGAGAAGGUGGGAAACCUGGAUCAGUGAUACCAUGUAAAGAGUGUCACGGUCAGGGUAUCAAAGUGUGGUAUCAGCAAAUAGGUGCUAACAUGACUCGUCAAUGCCAAACCCGUUGUUCCGCUUGCCAAGGACAAGGAGAAACUAUAAAUGAAAAGGACAAAUGUCCUAAAUGUAAGGGCAAGAAAGUCUUAAAUGAGACAAAAAUUUUAGAAGUGCAUGUUGAAAAGGGAAUGCGCGAGAACCAAAAAAAAUUUUCUUCAGGGGUGAAGGAGAUCAAAUGCCUGACACUCAGCCAGGCGAUGUGA